AUGCAUCUACGUGGUAGACUGAAAGAUGAAUCGAAACAAAAUGAACCAACAAGUCGUGGAUUUUAUCAACAUCAAGCAUUUGCUGAAACAGCUGUAAAUGCUCUUGAACAACGUACACUACUUGACGUUGAUUCUGAACCAUGGAAUACUCGCCAUACAAGUAUAAUUUGUACAUUAGGACCUGCAUCACAAAGUAUUGAUAUGUUAAAAAAAAUGAUUGAAGCUGGAAUGAAUAUCGCACGACUUAAUUUUUCACAUGGUUCACAUGAAUAUCAUCAAACAAGUAUAGAUAAUGUUCGUGCUGCUGAAAAACUUACUGUACAAGAGGGAAAAAUGAGAACUGUUGCUAUUGCGUUAGAUACAAAAGGUCCAGAAAUUCGAACAGGUGUACUUGCUGAUGGAGUUAAUAGUGAACUUAAUUUACAAAUUGGAAUGGUUGUUCGUUUGACAACAGAUGAGUCAUUUGAAAAUAAAUCUACGACUGAUAAUUUAUAUGUUGAUUAUAAAAAUAUACCUCAUGUUAUAAAACCUGGUAAUCGCAUUUAUAUUGAUGAUGGUCUUAUUUCAUUAGUGGCUAAAAACGUAGGUGAAAAUUAUAUUGAAUGUGAAGUUGAAAAUGGUGGAUUAUUAGGUAGUCGUAAAGGUGUGAAUUUACCUGGCGUUCCAGUUGAUUUACCAGCUGUGUCAGAAAAAGAUAAAAAAGAUCUUGAAUUUGCUGUGAUAAAUGAUUUGGACAUUAUUUUUGCGAGUUUUAUUCGUGAUGUUGAAUGUGUUCGUGAAAUACGUAAAGUACUCGGUGAAAAAGGAAAAGAUAUAAAAAUUAUUGCUAAAAUUGAAAAUCAUCAAGGAAUUCAAAAUUUUGAUUCUAUACUUGAAGAAGUUGAUGGUAUUAUGGUUGCACGUGGUGAUAUGGGUAUUGAAAUUCCACCACAAAAAGUAUUUGUUGCACAAAAAAUGAUGAUUGCUAAAUGCAAUCUAGCUGGUAAACCAGUUAUUUGUGCUACACAAAUGUUAGAAAGUAUGAUUAAAAAUCCUCGUCCAACUCGUGCUGAAGUUAGUGAUGUUGCUAAUGCUGUUUUGGAUAAUGCUGAUUGUAUUAUGUUAUCUGGUGAAUCAGCCAAAGGAAAAUAUCCUGUACAAUGUAUUCAACUAAUGCAUGAAAUUGCUCGAGAAGCUGAAGCAUGUUUAUUUCAUCGUGAACUUUUUGAAAAUCUUAGUUAUUUUACUAAACCACCAUUGGAUCAAAUACAAUCAACAGCUAUUGCAGCAGUUGAAGCAGCUUUUCGAAGUUUUGCUUCAAUUAUAGUCGUUCUUACUCAUUCAGGAAGAUCUGCACAUCUGAUUUCAAAAUACCGUCCACGAGCAGUAAUUAUGGGAGUCACUCGAUCAAAAAAAACAGCUAGACAAAUGCACUUAUUUCGUGGCUGUUGUCCUGUUUAUAUUGAAAGUCCGGAACUGGAAGCAGGCGUAGAAUUUAAACAACAUAAUAUUUCAACAACUCAAGCAUUGGCUAUGAGUGAUUGGUUAAUUGAUGUUGAUACACGUGUUAACGAAGCAAUUAAAUUUGCUAAACAACGUGGUUUUUGUUCAUCAGGUGAUGCUGUUAUUGUUGUUACAGGAUGGCGUCCUGGUUUCGGUACGACAAAUACACUACGUGUUAUUUAUGCCGAUUAA